GAGUUCAUCCCCUUUCCUAGAGAAGCGACGCCAAAAUGGCGGCUAAACAGUCUCAAGUUGAAAUUAAAACAGGCCUAAAAAAAAUUAUGAAACCCGUUAUCAGCACCGAUGUAAUGGGAAAUAGGAAUGUCGAGGUGAAAGCUGUUGGGGCGCGGGCAGAACCUGCUUUCCUUUUUUCACAGCAUCGACCUCCUAAUGCGGUGCUAGCAGCCCAAGAACAAGAGGAAAAAAUAGCUGCAAUGCAGCAAGAAAAGGAAGAAAGACUAAGUCAGUUUCAAAAAGAUGUAAGAAAACGUGUCCAGAAGAUAACAAGGACUCAACGUAAACAACAGCUAGAGAAAGAAUAUGAAAAGAUUUUCACCUAUCGCAGGGGUCUCUGGAACAUAACCCCCACAAUAGAUGCAACACCAGCAUUACCUACUGCAGAAACAUUUUCAAGCAACAGAAGGUUUUCAAAAAAAUCGAGCCUGCUGCAGACUUCACCCUCUGUUUCCAUAAAAGAGGCUUCUGCCCUAAGGUUGUCAGAGGACACACAUCAGAAAGAAGGACAAGAAAGAUUAUUUACUGCACAAAACCACCAGAUGCAUGCCUUUGCUAGCGAGGCUCGGCAGAAAUUAAGUGGUCGGAGAGUGGUUGAUGACGAUGGUGAAAUUGACAAUCUUCCUCUUAGUCAGUGGAGCAAAGUAAACAGACAAACUCAGCCAACUGAAACAGCUUGGGAUGAAGUAAGUCAUGACUACUACCAGGAAGAAGAAAAUGACCUUGAAAAGUUUCGAAGAGAUGAAAGAGAGGGAGAAGAUAUAGAGGAAGAUAAGGAUGACAGAGUAAAGGAUCAUGAAAGUUUGGGCUUUGACAGACUACACACUGUCAAGUUUGAUCUUCAGGAAAACCAGGAUGAGGAGAUUCUAGAAAAGAAGACCAGCAAAAGAACAACAAGAAAAUCUUGUCGACCCAAGUCUGCCUCAGUCUUUGACCUUCGUUCUGGAGCAACAGAAGCAGCAGAGCGUACUCGCCAAGGUCAGCAACUGCUGAGUUAUCGCCGUCUCUGCAGUGAUGUGGAAAGACAAGUGGCCAGAGAUAAUGCACAGAGGAAAAGGCAGAGAAAGAUGAUCGAAAGGCUCAAGAGAAAGAAAGAAGACUGGAGAAUGCAAGAGGAAGAACAAGCCCGCAGAAUAGUGGAGCCACGUGACCCUGUUACUGGGGACACCUGCUUUGAAACUAGCCUGCGCGACCAGCUCGAACGAACACACCUGCAAGAGGUGCUGCAAGAAAGGGAGGAUAAGCGCAAUAAGCAGCUUGAAAUGACAAGGUAUCUUGAUGCUCUGAGAAAGAACCUCCAAGAAAAACUGAUCAAAAAAGGACUAGAGUUGCCUUCCUUAUGCUGCUGUGGUGAGACCCUUUGGGACACCAAUCCAGAUACGUGUGCCAACAACUGCUUCUUUUAUCGUAAUCACAGAGCAUAUGCCAGGGCACUCCAGUCUCUACUAGUGUCUGCAGAUAUUGUCUGAAAUGGUGUUUCAUUUAGCCAUUAUAUGAAAAUCUGACUUUGAUAGAAAAAUGAUAUUGAGAUGAGUCAUAGCACAUACCUAUCCUUUCUUCAGCAUGUCAGUCGAUGCAAACUGAUUAUAUUUAUAAGCAUUGCCAAGGAUAGAUUUUUCUAAGUAUUUUUUUUAUUGAAUGACUACAUUGUUAUUUUGUAUUCAAGACUUGAGCAAUAAAGAUAGAAACUCCCAUCAACUUG